UGACAACCCGAUACAUUGCAGGAUGCCAGCAGCACAGGAUCUCCACGAUGUGUACCCGCGGAACUCGCUGCUGUGGAAAACUGCCACGGGGAUGGGAUUGGGCGUCUUGACCAUCGUGAUGUCCCCGGUGCGUUGCACAUGUUGAUCCCGACCUUCAUGUGCAGGAUCGUUGUCGCGUUAGCUGUGGAUGUGUGGACUCCUCUUGUACAUCCCGUACAAGAAGUUCAAAGGGCUCUUUGAAUCACGUCGAGCCAGCGAUCGGUUCGUCUAUGGCAUAUCCGAACCCGCAAACUCGUCAACGUCUCCCCCCACCUACACCAUGCCGUCACAGUACAUCACCGCUCGCGACGACACUCGCAUCGCCAUCGACUUGUAUCUCCCCGCCGGUACAAGCAACUUGACUUCUCCCUCGACGGAGCAUGCAGCGCCUGUUGCUUGCAUCCUUACGCAAACUCGCUACUUUCGAUCGAUCUCCCUUCGGUGGCCAUGGCGCCUCUUCAUUAACAAAGGUCGUCCCAUGAGCUUUCUGCACACUCGUUACUAUGAAAGCAUGCUCCAAGCUGGCUACGCCGUCGUGGCGUUGGACCUGCGUGGAACUGGCGCGUCGUUUGGGACCCACCUCCAUCCCUGGCACCCGAGCGAACGCCAGGACAGCGUCGACGUCAUCGACUGGAUCACAAGGCAGCCAUGGAGCAAUGGCCGCGUCGGGCUGUGGGGUAUGAGCUACGAAGCGACGGCGGCGUACUUGACUGUAUCGAAGCACCAUCCCGCCAUCCGGGCUUGCGUGCCCAUGUACAUGUUCUACGACAUGUACAACGAUAUCGCGUCGCCAGGAGGCAUCGCCCAACACUUUUUCACGCAAAAGUGGGCCGAACUGAUCGAGUUCCUUGACCGCAACGAUUUUGGAGCCCUGCCGUCGAUGAAUGGCGUGGGUGGCUUGUUUUUUCAAGGAGUUGCUCCCGCUUCCCGAGACUGGCACGACUUGACAAGUGCGGUUGCCGACCACAAACCCAACUGGAAGGCUGAGAUCAACCCCAUCUUGGACCGAGACACUCCCACGUCGGGCGAUGUGACGGCAGGGGCGUUGUCUCUGUGCCAUGUUCGUCAUGCCGUCAAAACUGCCGGUGUCCCAAUACUGUUCUACACGGGCUGGUUCGAUCAAACCGUACGCAGCUCGCUGCAGGGGUUUACGCUGCACCCAGAGCGUAGCAAGGUGAUCAUCGGGCCAUGGAACCACAGUGGCGUGCAGUUUUACGACCCGUAUACCCAAGCCCCGCAGAAGACGCAAUGCGCCCACGUUGACCGCGUCAUCGCCUUUUUCCGACAACACUUGGACGAGGUGGGUCCACCAGCCACUAGCGCCAACUCGAUGGAGCCGUCCCUUGGCACUGUGGAAUAUUUCACACUGGGCGACAACAAGUGGCGCAUGGCCGAGUCGUGGCCGCCGCCAAACAUGUCGCGGCGCUCAUUCUUUCUGUCCAUGCGAGAUCGCAAGCUCGUCGAUGACAUCGAUCAAGUUCAAGAUGGAGCGUUCACGUGGGCCGUCAACGCUCAGCGCGACCUCGGCGGAGUCUCUCGGUGGCAAGCCACGAUCGAAGUCUUCAAUCACAUGCACUACAAAGGAUGGGAAGCCGCCAACCACGUCAUUUUUACGUCGGCGCCAUUGGACGACGUUAUGACGAUCGUCGGCACGCCCGUCGUGACGCUGUGGCUGGCAUCGACGGCGCCCGAGUCGGGUGACAUUUUCGUCUACCUCACGAUACUGACCUCCACGUCCGAGGUGGUGUACGUGACGGAAGGCCACUUGCGCGCGGCGCAUGGACAGAUCACUGGAGAUGACGAGAACCUGCCGCAUUACCCAGACGAGAACGUUCCCCGCCAUUCAUUUUACGCCAAGGACCGCCGCCCCAUCGACACUCCGACCAAAGUCACGUUUGGUUUGCUUCCGAUUGCACAUCAAGUACCUCGUGGAUCCUGUGUCCAAGUCCGCCUCUCCGGCCAUGACGCCAAGCACUUCACGGAGGUCGAUCCGACAAGGUCCAUGGAACUCACAGCCACGGCGACGCGCGCGUCGAGCUUGACUCUGCCCCUUCUCGACAGCUAAGAGCGCGUCCAUGCCAGACGUACGAAGGACACAAAGACGCGUGCACCAUCGUCCCGUGGUCAAAGUUCAUCCUAAACCGACUCCCAAAUCCAUGGAAGAGCGAGUUAGCGAGGACGUAGCUGGUUGGAAGUGGUUGAAGGUCGAAUAUGUGGACGAGGAGUUGCACGCAUCUUUGACGACCCACAACAAGGCGCAACUACGUGUCGAGGAUUUGGAAUUGAUUCGGUAAAAUAGGCUAGUUGCCAAGCAAGUCGUAGUCGUCCAGCUUGUCGUUGUACUUGAGGAUCGUCCGCUUGAUCUUGGAGCUGUCUACCCACGUGACAAAGUCCUCGAAUGGCCGGGUCACCAUAAACCCGGGAUCUGUCACGGUGUUGGGGCCGACGCGGACGUGGCCUUGUUCAAUGAACGUCGUGGCUUCUUUGAUGUUUUCGCUCAUCUUGAGGCGCACCAUGACCACUGGCAAGCGGCGGCGGCAGAAUGAGCUCACGUUCAGUUCCUCGGCUUUCAGCAAGCUCUUCGUGCUGUUGAUGAUGCCCAUGUGGUACAGCUUUUCAAGCAGCUUCUCCGUCGUCUUAAUGCGGAACGGGUCGUUGGCCGGGCGCUUCUUCAACCUGGCCACGACGCGCCCGAUGUCACCGACGAGCUUGUUGUACUUGUGGUACUGCUCGCGGUCCGGCAGGCGGUAGCGACGAAUAACCUUGAUCUCAUGCAAGUUGUUUUCGUUGCGCCAGUCGAGCAAAUCGACCUUCUUCAGCAACUUCUUCUCAUGGUACUUGAACUGGCGCAUGCUGGCG